AUGUUCUCUGGAUUCUUGCAAGGGGGUAUCCACAAGAGUCUUGAUGGUGUUCGCGGUCUGCCUGGAUGGCGGUGGCUAUUCACCAUCGACUUCUGCAUAACGUUGCCUGUUGCACUGUAUGGCUUCGUCGCGUUUCCGGACACCCCGACGUCUAUCCGCGCCUGGUGGCUUACUGAUGAAGAGAAGAGACUCGCCGUCGAUCGCCUCCCCGAAGUCAAGAAAAAUAGGGGUACUCUGGGUUGGAGUUUGGUAUCUCGCAUCCUGAAGACGUGGCACUGGCUGGGCUUUGUCUUGCUAUGGAUCUUCGCCAGCAACACGGAAAUGUUCUCCACAAACGCCAUCAUGAAUCUUUGGCUCUCCUCGACCGGCGACUACAGCGUGGAGCAGGUCAAUUACAUCCCGACCGGCGUUGCUGGAGUCGGCAUUGCUGCUACGCUGUUCCUUGGCUGGUACUCAGACUUCACUAAGCGCUACUGGCACGUUGGGAUCAUCCUUUCUUCCACAGCCAUUGUUUCGGGGGCCAUCAUGUUGCAACCUCCCACGAGAGGAGCAAAGUUCUUUGCCCUGUUUCUCAAUGGCUGUCAGUAUGCUAGCCAGACCGUGCUAUUUGCCUGGGCGAAUGCCGUCACUCGCGAGGACGACGCUAAACGUGCUGUAAUUCUCGCAGCGAUGAACACUUUUGCGAUUGCUGUUUACAUGUUCUGGUCGCUUAUCUUCUACAGCGCCACUCAGGGGCCAUACUGGAUGGAGGGAAGCAUUGCCAUGAUGUGCAUGGGGGCGUCCCUCUUUGUGACGACACUUGGUGUCUGGUACUUGACAAGACGAGAGAGCAAGACGUUGGAAGUAAUCGAGGCUUCACCGGCAUCCGUCGUUUCCAAUGACGAGAAGGCUAUUGACGUCGCUGCGGGAGAUAUGAAGGCUUUGGGAAAGUAA